AAUGCCAUCCGUUUACUGCCCUAUCAAUAACAUGGACUUGAUCCAUGUUAGGUGAGGUUUGGUUUCAGCCUUCCAGACAAGGCAAAAGCAGAAGGUUUGGUUUGGUUAAGAACGUAAUUCCGAGUUUGGCAUUAAAACAUCUCGGCAUGUUAGGUGAGGUUUGGUUCAUAUUGCAACAUCCUUCUUUCGGCUGGAGCCGGACAAACUGAUAAGCUGAGCUGCCUUGCAUUUAGAGAACGCCAGUACAUGUCCUUGUAUCAUCAUCAGUCUAUGUGUAUGGGCGGAGCCGCGGAGGUAUCAGGCAGCUGCUCUUGUCCCGCAGUAAAUGCAAUGCUAAAACCUAAAACCUAAAACCUAAAACCACCACCUGGACACUGUUCGAUCCAUUGCCUACGUGGCUGCUGACCUGACAAAAUCAUCCUACUCCAUAUGCGUCACAGCUCUAAGUCUCUAACCAUCAUUUCAUCCUCCGUUACUUAGCCUGGUCAUACGACCUACGCCACGUGGCAAGAAAAAAAAGAGAGUAUCCAAGAUCAACGUAAGUAGAUAACCCGUGUGAAGAGUUAACACGGUUGGUUAAAUAGAGCCGAUUUACUGGGGCUGCCCAAUAAAUGCUUCCAUUCCAUCUUCUGACAAUACAACGAUGCCUAAAAUUGAAGACAAGCAAACUCCACGAAAUACCUUCCUUUGGAAAAGCUACACUAUCCAAAUGGUAAAAGAAUAUCAGCUUCCCAUCUCCGAGCAGCCUUAAAAUUUGAAGUUUCUACAUCCCCAUCUCUUCAAUUCUCAUAUUCAAUAAUCUCCCCUACUUCUCGUCCCCCAUCAUUGAUAGAGCCAUCCAUGGAGAGAAGAAAGCCCAGAGGAAGCACAGAUGAGCUGGCCGUAGUAAAGGCAGCAGCAUGGGCGUGGUACCAACAUGGAUCAGGGUCCGAGGGGAAGCCGAUGCCCGAAUUCGACCUCGCAAGGAUACGUCGCCCGGCGAUACCAUCUCGGUACAAGCUAGAGGCGCUGAGGAUGGCUGAUUACAGCACGGAGGGAUCGACCUCGCCGGCUCCAACUGUAAGCCCAUCUUACACAGACUCCAAUUCCCUACUCGAUCCCUACGAAAUCCAGAGAAUCUCCCAACAACUCGACUAUUUCAUAGAAACCAGCAGUGUUAAGUUCUUUCGCGAGUCUAGCGUCAGGGAACAAGGUCGCCGGAAAACCAUGACACCUCUGGAAACUUACGCAAGCGUGAAGAAGAUGAGCAAGAAACUGAACGGUUUCUGGCUAAGGCACGCGGCGGUCGUCUGUGGGUCAAGCGGUGACGUGGUGGAAGCCGGCGUCUUGGGUGGGCAGCGCCGCCCGCUAAAGCAUGUCUCAGUCGUGAGCUUCCCUAAUUGCCGUCCAAGAGCAACUAGCCUUGCUAAGUAAAACGUGCUUCUGUAACAGAUUUUUGGUUUGUAAAAUGUAGCAAUAAUGUAAUGAAUUGUCUUUUGUGCGCCUUUCUCUAAUUUUUCAUAGUGUUGCACCGGCCGACGCAUGGAGUAGAUAUCUUCUAGAUCUAAAAUAUUUAUAUCCAAACGCCUCCUUGAUGGGUCCACCUUUAGGUGUUGUAUUGAUCCAACGGUUGCGAGAAAAGGAUCCAAAGACACGAAUAUUUGCAUGAGAAAUGUACAGUAGUCUUCUUCUCA